AUGUCUUCCUCUUCUGGUACUCCAGAAUCUUGGAUCUCUUCUUUCUGCGCAUUAUUGGGACAUGAAUACUUUGCAGAGAUAUCGGAGGAAUUCAUAGAGGAUGACUUCAAUUUGACAGGUUUACAAACACAAGUAGCUAUGUAUAAGGAAGCACUCGAGAUGAUCUUAGAUGUCGAGCCAGAAGAAGAUGAGGACGAAGAUGACGAGGAUGAGGAUGAGGAUGAGGAUGCAUCUAUUGAGGGCGAAGAUCGAUCAGGACGUAAAGCUGCAGCCGAAAGAAGACAUCAACGAAUGGCAAGCGAUCUAUCAAUUAUAGAAUCCUCCGCAGAGAUGCUCUAUGGUCUUAUCCAUCAACGAUUUAUCUGUUCUCGAGCUGGUAUACAACAAAUGUCGGAGAAGUACGACCUUGCCCAUUUUGGUGUCUGUCCACGAACACAUUGCGAACAAGUCCGCACAUUACCCGUAGGAUUAUCUGAUGUACCAGGUGAAGACACCGUCAAAUUGUUCUGUCCCUCCUGUCUCGACGUAUACGUUCCUCCAAAUUCCCGAUUCCAGACGGUCGAUGGUGCCUACUUUGGACGAACUUUUGGGGCGCUCUUUCUCCUCACAUUCCCCGAUUACGAUAUUAGCAAGAAGGGAUUAGAAGCAUUGAGUGGGCAUGGAGGCAGAAGUUUACAACACUCCAACGAUGAAGAAAAGGAAAAGAUCAACGGCAUGAAUGCAUCAAACCUUGCACCUGGUCUCGGCAAAGGCAAAGUCUACGAACCUAAAAUUUACGGAUUCAAGGUUUCAGAGAGAGCGCGAAGUGGUCCUCGAAUGGGCUGGUUGAGGAAACGACCAGAUGAGGUUAGAGAGUUGGAUGAAGCGACCGCAUAUGCGCUGGAGCAUGCUGAGGAUAGUGAUGAGGGUAUUGAUGUUGCACCUGGUGGCGCCAGUGCGAGUGCUCGACUCAAGCCACGGAGGAGGAAUCCAAGAGCGUUGGCAAACAACGGAGGAAGCCCUAUGAGCGUAGAAGCCAACGGAGAGAUUUUUUCGUAG